AUGCCCGAUCCACCUACGGGGUUGCCGUUUAAUGGGAAACCGCGGAAAAGUGAUUUGGAUGCGUUGCUGAAGAAAUGUCCAUUGCCACGCCUUGGCGGACCGCUUCCUGAGCGUGGCCAUGGUCUGGAGGAGUAUCAGAAGAUGCUCAGGAACGCCGUCGUGCGGGUAGUGAUCCCUACAGAAAGGUACUACUUGAUUCCAAUAUUUAUCAUUCUUUCUAUCUUCCAACAGUUUGGCGAGCGCUCUUUGGUUUGUCCAUUUUGUCACAAACGUGUGUUCACGAGCGGGCGCAAGCAAGCAAUGGACAAUAAGAUGCUGCUACUGGAAUCGGGCACGCACAAAUAA